GGGCGGCGGGCACGCGGUGGCGCUGUUCCCACCAUGCUUUAGAGGGGGUUUUGGGCAUUUUUUUUGAAAAGGAAGGUACUUUUCAGGCAGCCUCUUCAAAAAGUAAGCGGAAAACCUACUUGAUUCCCCAAACUUUCAGCGUUUUCAGGUAUUUUCUGAAGUAUUCGCAUGCACGAACGCAGUUGAAACGUGGCGAGCUUUACAGCACAGGGCUGCCUUCCUACCUGCUCCCACACAGUGGUCAGUGUUUCUGAGGACAGCAGAGCCUGUACGAAAAUGUGUGUUGAGGUCUCUGUCCGUAUCCACUUGUCCCAUGGAUAAUGGUGUCUUGAGUUCUGACCCAUGCCUGCCGUCAGGAGGGCUGCUGCUUGGCGUGGGGAGGGAAACAGCAGCCAGUAAAGGUGUGACCCCAGCAAUGGCCCAGCUAGAGACGCCAAGACCACAGCAACACUCUCUGGCAUCUCACGACUCCCACAUGGGGCUGAAAUGCUCCUGGGUGCAGGUUGUCUCUCCCUGCUGGUGACAGUGCAGGAUACUGAGCGUUACACCACCUUAUUUGCCAGCGUCAUCCUCAAGUGUGAUUACAGCACCUCAGCACAGCUGCAGGAUGUCGUGGUGACCUGGCGCUUCAAAUCCUUCUGCAAGGACCCCAUCUUUGACUACUACUCAGCCUCGUACCAGGCCGGUUUAGCUCUUGGCCAGGACCCUUCUGAUGACUGCAACGACAGCCAGCGAAAGGUGCGCAUUGUCAUCCAGAAAUACGGACAGAAUGAGCCUGUGCUGGGUGUGGACUACCGGCAACGGAAGAUCACCAUUCAGAACCGGGCAGACCUUGUCAUCAGUGAGGUCAUGUGGUGGGACCAUGGUGUGUACUACUGCACUGUGGAAGCACCAGGAGAUACCUCAGGCGAUCCAGACAAAGAAGUUAAGCUAAUUGUGCUGCACUGGCUCACAGUACUCCUCAUCAUCCUCGGUGGCCUCCUCCUCCUCCUGCUGAUAGGAAUAUGCUGGUGCCAAUGCUGCCCCCAGUAUUGCUGCUGCCACAUCCCGUGUGUCUGCUGCCCAACCCGAUGCUGCUGUAAUGAGGAAGCACUGGAACGGCAUCGGUUCAUGAAGCGGGCUCAGGCACUUGCGCCUUGGAUGUCGCCUAACAUGUUCUAUGGAGGUGGCGAUAGGAACUCGCAACUUUCCUCUUACCAGCUGAACCCUCUACUGCAACAAGAUGCGUCUCUGCAGAACAGCCUCCCACUGGUGCAGCCACCAGCUCAACUUGCCCCUAACAAGGGUGUUUUGGACUAUCUGGAGUCUGAAAUCCAGAAACUGAACCUGUCGCAGCCCCAGCCACCCCCCCACCAGCGGCAGGCUGUGCAGCCCAGCCUGCUGUCCUCCCUGGGCUCCGACAUCAUGCCAAGCAGCGUAACAGGUCCUCCUGCGCUCGCCGACCGCGUCCCCUCCUCCCAUGGGAGCAGCAACUCCUCACGGGCGCAGAGAGCUGCCCGCAGCCCCAGGCCCUGGGACUCUGCAGCAGACAACAGGAGGGAAAAUCGGAGGUGGCCCUUGCCGUCCAGCGGGGAUUCUCGUUCCAGCUACAGUCGGGAGCCCCGGGACAGGCAGCGAGAGGACUAUCCUCAGCGGCAGAGGACAGGCGGCUACAACGGCAGGCCCCAGCACUCCAGGCGGGAUGUGUCACCCACCCACCGGACUGAGAGGGCCAAAAGCAGCAGCAGCAGCUGCAGUUUCUAUUCGGAGGAGCCCAGGGAGCGCUCCGGCCACCAUCGUGGCUGGAGGCAGCAGCCGGCUGGGAGGCGAGAGUACCAGCAACACACCGGGAGGAGCAAUAACUCAGGUCACCGGAGGCACAGCUACUCUCCUCCUUCUCGCCGGGGAUCCUGGAGCUCCUCAGAGGAGCACGGCCAUCUCCCAGCGACAAACCGCAGGCGGCGCAAUCGGUCUCGGGAAUGGCCAGAAGACAAACCCCCCAGUUACCGCUCACUGGAAAUCAUCCCAGAUCGGGACAGCAAGCACAGGGACGGUGCGGGACUGCGGUCGGACAGAGGGAGUUCCCACAGUGCAAGAAGCAUAGUCAUUUAAUGCCAGUACUGAAAGAACUGGGAUUCCCACUGGACUCCUCUUAGCUUUUCAGCUAUGUCAGUUGGAACGGCUGCUUUUAAUUGAACAGGCAACCAGCAAACAAGACAAAAGAUGAAGCUGCUUCCCCUUAAACUUGUGGCCCUGAAGACUUUGUUUAGUGACCAUGAAAGCAAUACGUAACACCUUUUUGUUACUGCUUUGAUUUGGAGACUUAAGUUUUUAAUAGGCUGUGGUCCACUGAAAACGUUCUAUUGGAAACAGCAGAAUUUUUUAAUAAACAGUGUAUUCCCAGACUUCGAAGAGAGACAUCAGUUGCCUUCGUUAGGUACCCUGGCACUACAAGGAGCCCAGUCUGUAGAAUGCCUGUCCUUUGCACACCAGUUACUGGAGAAUGACUCAGAUAAUCUCAGAGUUGUAAAGUCAGAACAAUAGAAUAAGUUGGAUAAGGCCUCUGGAGCUCAUCUGAUCAGGCCCCUUCAGAGACUGGUGCAGGGAGGCGCAACAUCUCCUUUCUUAGGCCCUCUGGUGUACUUCAGAAUAUGUAAAACUUCUGCUUCUGCCCGGCUACUCAGCAUAGUUAGGCAUUUGCUUCCUUUUGUAUCUGGUAAGCCUCUCUUCCUAAAGGAAGAAUCACAGUGACAGAAGGAUGAUAGAAGGAUGUACAACUGCCUUAAUAAGGGCUCACUGGCACAACUGAAAGUUACCACCUCAUGUGCCCUGUAUUGACUGAAAUACCCUGCCCUCCAUUAAGCUUAGACCUUAGUACCUAUAGCGAUGCUUGUUCUAGCCUUUAAAGCAGACUUGAAUUUAUUUGUAAAUGUAAUGGACUAAAUUUACCAAAGCUUGGUUGUCCCCACAGGGACUGAGCAAGGUAUGACUAGUGUCCCUCAUAUGGUGGACCAGAACUUCCUUCAACUCCAGGAAGCAUGACUUUGAUGGUUGUAUGCUUCCUGAGCCAUCCACUCUUUUCUAUGCGUUUUAUGUUCUCCCUUUGCUCGCUGUGCCAUGUAUGAUAUACAUGGGGUGGGAUAAAGGGCUCCAAAGAAGUCUUAUGGUCGCAAUUUUUACUAUUGUCUUCUUGAUCUUUACCCCGACACACACUGGUUCUGAAUACAUGGUGCAUCUGAUCUACAGCUAGGUUGCAGGGUUUUCUUAUCUCUUACCUUGCAACCUGAACACAGGAUUUCUCUGUGCUUUGAGACCAGCUGCAAAGGGGAGUGGCUUGCCAUUUCUCUUUGAUGUGAUUCAUCCCUUGUUUUCAUUUAAGAUGUGCUGGAAAAAUUGAUGUUCUCUGGGUGUUGUAGUUGCAUGCUGGCUGCUUCCACAGAAAACUGGCUUGCCAAAGGCACUUCUGGAUUCAAGACUCAACUGUUGGCAAGGAGCUUUAGGAGCAUCUUGUGAAUUAUUGUGUAACCCACAGGCACAGAGAUUGGCCAGUGUUAAUGACUGUAUUGCCCAGAUUAUUUCCCAACCAGUGCCACAUGGGACACUUUUUCAAUUACUUGUUCUUUUAUGUCCCAGUUACUGAUGUCCCUGGAAGACUGACUUGGGCAUGCUUUCAUUUUGCCCACCUCCCUUUUUCUUUUCUUUGGACAAUGAUGGGAAACAUAAUGCUAGAAGCAAGCACUCCUAGCUGGAUAUCUGAUACAGUUGCUGGUCGACCAAAGGCUACAAUGGAGAGCGCUCAUUUUCCUACAGUUUCUUGGCUGACAGUGUUUAUUUCUGAUUCCUUUGUAUGGAGAUAGAGCAGCAGGAUCCACUAGCUUCUCAACCCAGCCUAAAUGUCCAGGCUUCAGGGAAUGCCCCUUUCUCCUUCAAGAGUAGAGUCUAUUGAGACAUCAGUUGUGAUCCUGAUAUGGUAGCACGGGAAAGAGUUUCCAUUUCUUAGUGUUUAACUGUGUAUAAGCCAACACAUGUCCAGCAAGUUUUACCAAGAAAACCCAGAUGUCUGUGUGUAACAGCAGCAGUGUUUGAAGCUUGACGCUCUAGUGUGAGCACACCAACUGCAGAGGUUGCACUUUUUGAUCUAAAUACCGUGAAAGAGCCUUCCAUCGCUACUUGUCACUGUGGUCCCCAUAUUUGUGCCAUGGUGACUAACUGUAGAUUGUGUGAAUUCACGCAAAUCAUGCUGUGUGAAGUCUGAAGAGUUUUAUCUUUAUCAUGCUUGAGCUCCUCUUCAGUCACUUUGUUCACAGUUAUAGAAACGUUAAACAAAACUCUUCAGGGAAAAAUGAUUAUAUCUCAGAUUUAAUUCUGUGACUUAAACUGCAGACAGAAGUCAAUUAGGUCUUCCAGCAGGGAAGCAGAAAUGGUACCAGGUUUGCUAAUAUCUAGUCCACAGAACGCUGUAGUUCAUAAAGCACCAGUUGGUGGGCUGUGAAACAAUUAAAAAGGAAAUCUAUAAAUGCAUACUUUGCAACUGAAAGCAGGCAAAAAAGCUGGAAGGAAAUAGGCUACACUUUAAAUGCUCAUUUCUAUUUUUAAUUGGCUAUAAAUGAAAGUUUUUGCAACAGCACUGCUCAAUACUAUGUAUAUUCCCUUUUUUUUCCAGUAAGAUUACCAGAUCUUUGACAUUUUUAAAAGAGAGAUUGAAUUGAGUAGCUCAAAUACUACACGCUGAAAGAAAUUACAGUAGGAAAUGGCCUAGCCUCAUUCUUUCUAGGCUGUAACUUACUGAUGUUUAAUUUUUUAGCCAUUCCAAAAAGCUGAUGUUCACGUGUCAGCCCAUUUGUGGUGAAAGAAAUUGGAUAAGUUUCUUAUUUUAGAGUUAUUGUCACCCUAGACUUUUGUUCUUCCUGUCAUGCAGUUGAAGGAACAUACCUUACUAUCAAGAAUGAAUUUCCUGUAUCAAGAGUGCCUUGAUAGCCACUGGAGUUAUCCUAAUUAAAAUAAUAAUGUAAUGAGUAAGUGACCAUGCCCCAUGGGGCAGAUAAGGACACCCAUGCUGCUUCUGUCAGCUGCUUUCUACCUCAGGCCAGAGAUUCAUCAAGAAAGAUUAAAAAAAAAAAAGUAAUAAAUUAUUUUUUCUUUGAUUCAGAAAGAACUUGCAAUACCUGGCUUUCUUGCUUAUUUGCAGAGCACCCUGCUAUUCCAGGAUGCCAUUCCAGGAACGGGGGGCAAGGGCUGCUUCUUGUGCAAUCAUUGAUCUGGGCUUGGCAAUUGCCUGUUUGGCAGGAGAAAGUGCUGAAAGGCCCAGUUGCUAUCUCUGGGGUUGUAUUCAUGAUAGGACUAGGUAAAGUUAGGCUAACUUGGUGGGGAGGGUAAGUUGCCUCGUGAUAGCAACCACAAUGCAAAGCUCCUCAGCUGUACAUAUCACUGCACAGGGCAGCUAAACCCCCUUGGUGUUACUACCUCGAGCAGCACAUCAGUUUAAAACACCCUCUGUGUACGGUCAGAGACUGCCGUUUGUCGAUCUGACAUAGGAGAAAGAUGAUGUGACGUUAAUUAACACCCAUAGUAAUAACUGCUCAUUGCUAUUUCUGUUAAGUUUAAUGCCUAUAAUGUGCCUCAUACUGGUGUUCUGAAUGUUAUUGCAGCUGUAAGAGCAGGUGGUAAAUGUGUAGAUUUUUUUCCAAUGAUUGUUGAAUGUAUCAUUAAAAUAUAAAGGAACUUACAAACUGUUGCU